UCACGCCCUGAGCCGAAGGCAGACGCCUAACAACUGCACUACCCAGGCGUCCCUGAUGAUAUUAACCGUGUUCUUGAGCAACAAUGAACAGAUUCUAACAGAAGUUCCUAUUACACCAGAAACAACAUGUCGAGAUGUUGUAGAAUUUUGCAAGGAACCUGGAGAAGGCAGUUGCCAUUUAGCUGAAGUGUGGCGGGGAAAUGAGCGUCCCAUACCCUUUGACCACAUGAUGUAUGAACAUCUUCAGAAGUGGGGGCCACGCAGGGAGGAAGUGAAAUUUUUCCUUCGACAUGAGGAUUCCCCAACUGAGAGCAAUGAGCAAGGUGGCCGUCAGACCCAAGAGCAAAGAACUCAGAGGAAUGUAAUAAAUGUACCUGCAGAGAAACGCACAGAAAAUGGCGUUGGAAAUCCACGUGUAGAACUCACCCUCUCAGAGCUCCAGGAUAUGGCAGCUAGGCAGCAACAGCAGAUUGAAAAUCAGCAGCAAAUGUUGGUUGCCAAGGAGCAGCGUUUACAUUUCCUAAAGCAGCAGGAGCGCCGCCAGCAGCAGUCUAUUUCUGAGAAUGAGAAGCUUCAGAAAUUGAAAGAACGAGUCGAAGCCCAGGAAAAUAAGCUGAAGAAAAUUCGUGCCAUGAGAGGACAAGUAGACUACAGCAAGAUCAUGAACGGCAAUCUGUCUGCUGAAAUAGAAAGGUUCAGUGCCAUGUUCCAGGAAAAGAAGCAGGAAGUACAGACUGCAAUUUUACGAGUUGAUCAGCUCAGUCAGCAACUGGAAGAUUUAAAGAGAGGCAAGCUGAGCGGGCUCCAGUCUUACAGCGGCAAGCUGGCGGGACCGGCGGCGGCGGAGUUGAAGAGACUGUGUCAAGAGCUACAGAUUCGUAACCAGCUUAACCAGGAACAGACUUCGAAGCUCCAGCAGCAAAAGGAACUCUUGAAUAAACGCAACAUGGAGGUGGCCGUGAUGGACAAGCGGAUCAGCGAACUGCGCGAACGUCUCUAUGGGAAGAAAAUUCAGCUGAGCCGUGUGAAUGGCACAUCGUCCCCGCAGUCGCCACUGAGCGCGCCUGGCAGGGUUGCCGCGGUGGGACCUUACAUCCAGGUGCCCAGCGCCGGCAGCUACUCUGUCCCAGGGGACCCCGUAAAGCCCCAGUCUCUCACUAUUGCCUCGAGUGCUGCCCACGGAAGAUCCAAAUCCGAUGGCCACGGGAAGCCCAAAGUGACCAGCUUGUGGACAGUAUCAGACCUCGACGUCGGGCCUGACUGCCGCUCCUCAGGGCGCUCUGCAAACCUGUUUGCAAACCAUAGGGGCCCGGAGACGUUUCCACGGUCCUCUGGCCCCGUGCACAGUCACCAAGUCUCUGCGCGCGUGAGGGCAAUGCCUGGCCAGCACGUGGCACCUUCUGGCUGGCCAUGCAGCAGCCUGUGGCGGGGGGAGGCCGGCCGCCUGGUUCGUGGAGCACCGUCCGGAUGUGAUCUCCCGGAAGCCAAUGAUGGAAACUGGCCAACAUUGAAACAAAAUUCCAGCUCUUCAGUGAAGCCCACGCAGAUUGCUGGUGUGGACUGGAAGGACUCGAGCAUGGAGGGUCCUCUCAAGCAGGGGACCGUCUCAAGCCAGCCGACGCCCUUGUCAGCCUUAGGAGCCGCGGAGAAGCUGGGCACGGACAUGGGUAAAAUGCCACCCCCCGUCCCCGGUGUUGGCAAGCAGCUGCCUCCAAGCUAUGGGACGUACCCAAGCCCUGCACCCGUGGGCCCAGGCUCCACAAACUCCCUGGAGAGGAGGAAGGAAGGCAGCUUGCCCAGGCCCGGCGCAGGCCUGCCCGGUCGGCAGAAACCUGGUCCACUGCCACCCGUGGGCACGCCUGGCUCAUCACAGCAGAUUCAGCAGAGGAUUUCGGUGCCGCCGAGUCCCACGUACCCGCCGGCAGGGCCGCCUGCGUUUCCAGCUGGAGACAGCAAACCCGAGCUCCCAGUGACUGUGGCCAUCAGGCCCUUUCUGGCUGAUAAAGGCUCAAGGCCACAGUCCCCCAGGAAAGGACCCCAGACAGUGAAUUCCAGUUCCAUAUACUCCAUGUACCUCCAGCAGGCCACGCCUCCUAAGAAUUACCAGCCAGCUGUGCACAGCACCUUAAAUAAGUCUGUCAAAGCAGUGUACGGCAAGCCCGUGUUGCCAUCCGGCUCCACGUCCCCGUCGCCGCUCCCGUUUCUUCAUGGGUCGCUGGCCGGGAGCACGCCACAGGCCCAGCCGCCUCCAGAAAGCGCUGAGAAGGAGCCGGAGCAGGACAGCCCGGCCCCCUCCGGGGACGGCGGCACGGGCUCGGGCACCGUGGAGAGCCUGCCGCGGCCGCUCAGCCCCACCAAGCUCACGCCCAUCGUGCACUCGCCGCUGCGCUACCAGAGUGACGCCGACCUGGAGGCGCUGCGCCGGAAGCUGGCCAACGCGCCGCGGCCCCUGAAGAAGCGCAGUUCCAUCACGGAGCCCGAGGGCCCCGGCGGGCCCAACAUCCAGAAGCUGCUGUACCAGCGCUUCAACACCCUGGCGGGGGGCAUGGAGGGCACCCCUUUCUACCAGCCUGGCCCCUCGCAGGACUUCAUGGGCACGCUGGCUGAUGCGGACAACGGAAACACCACCAAUGGGAACCUGGGAGAGGCCAGCCCUGCCCGGCCCACAGCCCCGCUCCCCACAGAGCCUGCCCCGUCUUCCGACGCCAACGACAACGAGCUCCCUUCCCCUGAACCGGAGGGCCUCAUCUGUCCCCAAAGCACCCACCAGACAGCUGAGCCUGCCGAGGAUGACAACAACAACGUGGCCACAGCCCCACCCACAGAGCAGGUCCCCAGCCCUGGGGCCGAGGCCCUGUCACCAGGGGAAGACCAAGCCCCUCCACCACUGCCCCCUGCCGUGCCCCCACCAGGAGCCUCUACGAGCAAACGGACCAACCUGAAGAAACCGAACUCAGAGCGGACGGGGCAUGGGCUGAGAGUCCGGUUCAAUCCGCUGGCGCUGCUCCUAGAUGCUUCUCUGGAAGGGGAGUUCGACCUGGUGCAAAGGAUUAUCUAUGAGGUGGAAGACCCUAGCAAGCCCAACGACGAAGGGAUCACCCCCUUGCACAACGCCGUCUGUGCCGGCCACCACCACAUCGUGAAGUUCCUGCUGGACUUCGGGGUCAAUGUGAACGCCGCCGACAGCGACGGCUGGACGCCGCUGCACUGCGCCGCCUCUUGCAACAGCGUCCACCUCUGCAAACAGCUGGUGGAGAGCGGCGCUGCCAUUUUUGCCUCCACCAUCAGCGACAUUGAAACUGCCGCGGACAAGUGUGAAGAGAUGGAGGAGGGCUACAUCCAGUGUUCCCAGUUCCUGUAUGGGGUGCAGGAGAAGCUGGGCGUGAUGAACAAAGGAGUUGUGUACGCUCUGUGGGGCUACGAGGCCCAGAACAGCGAUGAGCUGUCCUUCCACGAGGGCGAUGCCCUCACCAUCCUGCGACGCAAGGACGAGAGCGAGACCGAGUGGUGGUGGGCGCGCCUUGGGGACCGGGAGGGCUACGUGCCCAAGAACCUGCUGGGGUUGUACCCACGCAUCAAGCCCCGACAGCGAACGCUAGCCUGAACGUCCCUUCAGAGCACUGCGCGGGCUUGCCGGCUGAGGAGCCGCGGGAGAGACGGCCCUGCUGUUUCUCCAGGAAAGCUGAAGCUAGACGCGGUCUACAAUGGUGCUCACUUUAGCGGACAGCAUCCACAAUGUGAAAUUCCUGCAGUUUCUAGGUGAGGCCCUUUCUUCAGUUUGCCCAUAACUGGGAGAGGUACUUUUGCCUCCAAGAAGACUGAAUUUUGCCAAUUACUGUAAAUCCAAAUAAAUAUCCAGCUUUCUAAACAACUGUCCCUGUUGCCAAUAAGAAGCCCCAUAAUUUAUCCCUGGUUGGUGGCCAGUGAAGAUGAAUCCUCUCACUGACUUGGCCCCAAGGCCGUCCCUCAUUCUCGAUGUCACCCCCACCCCAACACUGAAAACGCAACCGUAGUGAGGUGUGCCCCCUACUCGAGCCCGCCCUCCUGUCACUGGAAGUCCGAGCCCCCCACUGCCCUUCCCGCCCUCACCACACACCUCUUCCUUCCUCUACUGAAGGAGCCCCCGUAUGGAAACUUCUGUCGGUGCUGGUGCUUGGUGCGUGUGUCCCGGGCCUGGGUGUAGGUCACCUACAUACAGGCUGAUGGUCCUGGGCUGGACUCUGGCACAGCUCAGGGGCCAGGGCCCUUAAUACCAAGUGACAAGCAGUCAGGAGCCUCCGGACAGCACUGUCCCCUCCUUUGUUCACAGCACCGCCUUCCCUUCAGCCUCUUGCUGCUCAGGUGUGCGGCCCACAGGCCGGGGUGUGGCAGAUUGGGGGGGGGCUGCAUAGGAGGGGCAGCUGGGGGGGGCAGCCAUGACGCAAUAACCUUUGCCCGGUCCAGACUCACGUUUGAACUGUACGUACAGACUUUUCUAUACCAAAAGUAUUUUUUGACUAGACCAUUCGGAGCUACCAGAAUGUUGGAAAUGUUUUUUUCUCAUUAAAAUCCAGGCCCUUAGGCUUUAUUUUCCAUGUAUGAGUCCCGUGUAUAAUUUAUGUGUAAACACGUGUGCAGACCCGCUGCUGUAGCCAGUCACCUCCAAGCACCGAUUGUACAGUGUGGCGGUGCGACGGGAGCGCCCCCGCGGGACGGCCUCUGCGCUGCGCCCGCCGCCGCCGCCCUGUAACGUGCACAAUAAAGCGCUGUCUGUCUGUCUCA